AUGGCGUUGGCCGACUCCGACGCGGAGUCCUCCCAGGAUCUCGCCGUCCUUGUGGGCGCGAAGCCCCGCUUCAAGCAGCUGGGGCGCGGCGCGGGGCGCCGCCGCGCCCCGCGCCGCUUCAGCUUCGAGGCUGCCCUGCAGGGGGCGCUGGGCGGGGGCUUCAGCAGCGAGGACGAGGCCCCGACGCAGAGCCGCCCUGCGGCGGCAGCCGCGGAGGCCUCUGGCGCGGAGGGCGCGCCCGUCGGCGAGGGGGCCGAAGGAGACUUCGUGGCCCACGCCAGACCCAAGGCGGAGAAGCGGCCCAAGAAGGAGAAGGCGGAGAAGGCGGAGAAGGGCGGCUCCCGGAAGCGCAGGGCGGACAAGGAGGAGUCCGCCGCGGAGGGCCCAGCCUGCGAGGGCGCAGGCGCUCGCGAGGGUCUGCAGGAGGAGAUCAGGCGCAAGCGCGAGAAGGUGCUGGCUUCAAGGCGGGCCAAGCAGGAGGCUGCGGGCAAGGAGAACGCGCCCCAGAGGAGCUUCAAGGCUCAGCUGCAGGAGGCCGUGGGCGGAGACGGAUCCGCAGGCGAGGCGGGCGCUGCCGUGAAAGGGAAGGCCCCGAAGCGCAAGGCGAAGCCCGUCCGCACACGCGUCGUGGACGGCGACACUCCGGAGAAGGACAAGAAGCAGAAGGGCGAGGGCUCGUCCCCCGACGACGCCGUCCGUUUCCAUCUCCGGGGGGUGAUUGGAGGCAAAGGCGGCGGCAAGGGAGGGGGUGGCGGAGACGACGAGUCGGGCUCGGAGGUGGAGCCAGACGAGGAGGAGGUGCGGGCGUGGAGAGAUAGGCUGGCCAAGAGGGCCGACCCGGAUGUCGAGGGCAUCAAGACGGCCUUCUCGCUCAAGGUGUGCGACCCCCGCGCGAUCCGCAGGCUCGGCGUGGAGUCGUUCCUGGGCGAGCGCGGCAUGCACGAGGGCGGCAAGCUCCUCUGCGACGACGAGGGCAAGCCUCCGACAAUCUACACUUCCUCCUAG